GUGGUAGAAGAUUUUUGCAUAUUACCUCAGCUCCGUAUACGUAGCAUUGCUGCUGGGAAGGAGGGAGAGAGACAGAGAGAAAGAAAGAGAGAAAUUAAUAGAUAGACAGACAGACAGAAAAGCGAGUCUGUCGGCUCUGUGUUCCGGGUGUGUAGGCUAAGCGACCGCGGAGAUUUAGUGAUUAUGUGAAGCUUGAAAUAAUCCUCUUUACUCAGAUAAAAUCACUCUGUGGCAGAGAGGAGGAGGAGGAGGAGGAGGAGGGGCGGUGAAAGAGAGAGAGAGAGAGAGAGAGAGAAAAACCGCAACCUGCCUCGGAAUCCACUGACAGUUCCGAAAUAAAAACCAAAAAUAUAUAGAUUUAUACAGAGAGAGAGAGAGAGAGAGAGAGAGAGAGAGAAAGAGAGAGAGAGAGAGAAAAAGAGGAAUAGACGGUUUUGUUCCUCGAGCGCAAAAGAAACGCUCGACAGACGCCAAAUAAAGAAGAAAGGAGUGGAUUUAUCUUAUUUUUUGUAAAAGUGUAUUUCUUAACUUUUUAAAAUUUGUUUAUUUAAAUUUGUUUUGACGACAAAGACACUUUUUUUCAACAUGAAAGACAGACUGGACCAGCUGAAAGCGACCUGCGACACGGAUGACGUGGAGGAUGUUGAAAUAUCUGUCGAUAACGCGGCCUUUAUGGAUGAAUUCUUCGUACAGAUCGAGGAGAUCCGUACCAACAUUGAUAAGAUUGAUGAGAAUGUGUCGGAGGUGAAGAAGCUCUACAGCCUCAUCCUGUCGGCCCCGACCUCCGAGCAGAAAACCAAAGAUGACUUGGAGAGGCUGACGGUGGACAUCAAGAAGCUGGCGAACAGCUCUCGAAACAAACUGAAGAGUAUUGAGAAGAACAUUGAAGAGGAUGCAGAACGCUUGUCAGCCGAUCUGAGGAUAAGGAAGUCCCAGCAUUCGGUCCUCUCCAGGAGGUUUGUGGAGGUCAUGACCAAAUACAACGAAACUCAAGUGGAUUUCAGAGAGCGAAGCAAAGGGAGAAUUCAGAGACAACUGGAAAUCACUGGUAAAAGCACCACGGAUGAGGAAUUGGAGGAGAUGUUGGAAAGUGGGAGUUCAGCCAUAUUCACAGCGGGGAUCAUUGAGUCCAACAUCUCGAAGCAGGCUCUGAGUGAGAUCGAGUCGAGACACAAGGACAUCGUGCGGCUGGAGAGCAGCAUCAAGGAGCUGCAUGACAUGUUCGUGGACAUCGCCAUGCUGGUGGAGAACCAGGGUGACAUGGUGAAUAACAUCGCGGUGAACGUGUUGAAGUCCGUGGAUCACGUGGAGACGGCCAAGGCCGAGACCAAGAAAGCCGUGAAAUACCAGAGCCGUGCGCGCAAGAAAGCUCUCAUCCUGGCUCUCGUCCUGCUGCUCUCACUCUGUGUUCUCGCUUUGAUAAUCGGCCUGGCCGUGGGGCUCACAGCCACACAGAGAGGGAGCCAGCCUGCCUCACCCACUGCCCCCAGCUCAAACUGAUCAUAAUCAUAGUGGUCCUGGUGGUCCUUGCUCUGGUCAUUUUGGCCAUCAUCCUUGGCACAACCCUGUAGUGACCUCCUGCUUCCCUCUUCCCGAGUCCUCCAAUGAGAAGCUCCCAGGGGCGGGACUUCCUGUUGCCUUACCUCCCCCUGCCCUCCUCUCCCUGGCGGUCGUCUUCCCAGGAAUAAAAACCUCACUUCCUGCCACGCCCCCCUGCUGACCUCCACUGCCAGUCCCGGAUUCAGCCAAUGGAAGAAGCACACUCUAAACCCCUGCCUCUCGCCAAACCUCAUUUCCUGUUCCUCUGCAGCCAAUAGGAGACCACAAAAAUGCUCUACCUGCAGCAGUGGAUCGCGCAUCAUUUCCUGUGGAUCUCUUUUUAUAUUUAGCUCCCCCCCCCCCCGCCACUGCCCACCAAAACGACCUCACUUCCUUUGUGCCUUGUGGAUUCAACCAAUCUGAGAACCAGUUUAAAAAAAUAAAUAAAUAAAAUUGCUUCCUGUAUCGGAAUCCUCCCCACUUCCUGCUUCCCCCUGGAUCUGAACCAAUGAGAAGGCUGAGAUCCCUGUGAGUCCCCGCCUUCCCUUUUCCUGCCUUGCUUUUUAAGCCAAUCACAAGUUGCCAUUUCUGAACACUCCGCAGUCACGUGACUUUCACAAGCCAAAUAUUGACCACUGACCCUUUUUUAUUACUGAGUUCAUUAAGAGCUUCUUCUAACUGUCCAAGUGCCUUGUGAAAAAAAACACAUUGAGUUUUGAAGUUUUCAGUCUGUGUUCAUGAUUAAGUUCGCCCUUAAUCUCUGUGAGAAUGUAGUAAACUAACACAGACCCCAAGAAGAAGGGAUUAUAUUGUAGCGUCAAACUGAACAGGAUUGUGGGGCUCUGUCUGUCUGUCUGUCUGUCUGUCUGUCUGCAGCUUUAAUGAAACUAAACUAUUUUCAGAAUGUAGUAAACUAACACAGACCCCAAGAAGAAGGGAUUAUAUUGUAGCGUCAAACUGAACAGGAUUGUGGGGCUCUGUCUGUCUGUCUGUCUGCAGCUUUAAUGAAACUAAACUAUUUUCAGAAUGUAGUAAACUAACACAGACCCCAAGAAGAAGGGAUUAUAUUGUAGCGUCAAACUGAACAGGAUUGUGGGGCUCUGUCUGUCUGUCUGUCUGUCUGUCUGUCUGUCUGCAGCUUUAAUGAAACUAAACUAUUUUCAGAAUGUAGUAAACUAACACAGACCCCAAGAAGAAGGGAUUAUAUUGUAGCGUCAAACUGAACAGGAUUGUGGGGCUCUGUCUGUCUGUCUGUCUGUCUGUCUGUCUGUCUGCAGCUUUAAUGAAACUAAACUAUUUUCAGAAUGUAGUAAACUAACACAGACCCCAAGAAGAAGGGAUUAUAUUGUAGCCAGGACUUGGGUCAGGUCAUUGUAAUACACGAUCGACGGGGAGAGCGGUCGACAGUUGCCAAAAGAAUCCAAUCGCUGUGUCUCCCGAGCGUCACAUGAUUACUUGACCUGUGCCAUGGUGUGUUUUUUUAAUUUUUUUAUAUGAACACUUAUUUUUUCUUGAUAAUUUGACACAAGCACAGAGGAAUAGAAAUAUACAGCUUUUACACAGGCAUGAAUUACAGAGCUAUGACGGGGUCCUUCCUUUGAGCUUAGCAAUACACACAGUUACAAAGUCGUUUUCAUCUCUUUAUUCUUCUCCUCCUCCUCUCCUCCAGUCCUCUCCCUACUCCUCCCUCUCCCCCUCCUCCUCCUCUUGUCCUUCUCUCCUCCUCUCCUCCUCCUCCUCCUCUCCUUGUGUGUUUUUUUGCUUCAGUCGUUCUGAGCGUUUCUGGCUUCUGUCGCUCCUCCAGUAAAUCGAGUUCAUCUGAGACUCUAGCUGUCAGACAGACUCCCGCGUUCCUCUCAAAUGACCUGACCUCGUGACCUUUCAACUCCGUUUUCUCAGGGUCUUAAGAUUUUUGCCUGUUUUUUUUUUUUUUUAAAUCUGUUCAGUUUCUUUUCGGUAUUUGUGGGUCACGAUUUUAAAUUCGUGAGUGGAGAAGCAACGGAGCGUCUGGGAAUCGAUCAGAGCGAAGGGAGAGAGGCGGAGAGAGAGAAAAAGAGAGAUAAAAUUGCCUUACGAAAUUAUUUAGUUUAAAUAUAAUGUCAAAAAUUAAAUAUAAUGUCAAAAAUAAUGUCAAUACCUGAUGUAAUGCCCCUCCUCUGCACUAGGGGGCAGUCUACAUAAAUAAAUAAUUUCAAUGUGUUUUGGAAUGAUGUAAAACAUGUUGGUGCUUUUAAUAUUUGUGGAGAUGGUUGAGAUUUAAAACAAAAUAUAUAUAUAUAUAUAUGAAACUUGAUCUCAAAUGAAUCUUUUGACGGCGUCUCAUCUAUUUUAUAUAUUGUAUUUGUGUUUAAAUUAUUUCGGAUUAAAAGCUUGAUCAAGUACUUUAAUAUU